GACGCUUUAGGGUGGACAGGAGAGGUCCAGAGAGAAAGAGCGAGAGAAGGAUAAGGUUAGUUCUAUGAUAAGGAAGGAAGGAACAUCAGAUCCUUUCCUCCCCAAGUUCACCUUUAGAACCCUUUCCCAGGGGAUUAACGAGUGUGGAGAGAGAGAGAAACAAUAUGACAAGAAAAGGAACAUGAAAGAAAUCGUCAUUAAACGCACUUGAAGUUAUCUCUUCCUUCUUGCUCCUCUAAUUUCAUCUGAAACCCACUCCGAGUUCCCCCAAGGACUUCUCUCUCUGUUUCAAGAGAGACAGAAUCAGAAGAGUCUAUUCCUCCUGAUUCCCACCCUAGUGGGAAUAAAAACAGGAUUCCACUCUUUCUUUCUGUUCCUCCUCUCAUCCCUCAUUCCCCUCCUCCUCUCCGUCAUGACGUUGCUGGCCUCUGAGAGGUCUCUUCUCAUCCGGAACAAAUUCCGCUCAGUCUUGCAGUUGAGGAUUCAGAACCGAAGGCAAAAUGAAAUCGACUCUGGGUUGAAAACUACCUGUUCCUCUCGCAAAGGAGAGAAAGACCAGAGUAAAGCUCUGCAUCUAACUGACGAUGGCGCCACUCAGCAGUCGCCCCUGUGUGGUCUGAACAUUAAAACUGCACAAGACAGGAGUGUGUGUGGGACCGGAAGGCAGAAGAAGGCUCGGCUGGCUAACAACCUUGGAGAGAAGGUCCGGCAUCGGCCCGGACCUCUGGACCUACUGCAUAAACACAUACUGCCUCCGGAGAACCGCCCCGUUUCCUUCCCUCUCUCUUCAGAUGUCUUCCAAGAUGACAUCUCUUCCUGCUCUUCCUCCUUGUCUCCCGAGCAACUCGGGGUCCUCCAAUCACCAGCCUUCUCCUCGUCGCCAGGGUUCUCAGAUGACCAAUCACUGAGUGACCUGUCCCCUGGGGUCUUGCCCUUUAACAACAGUCCCGCCCAUGUUCAGUCUAUCUUGGCGUUGCUCCCAGCAACCGAGGGCAUCAGCCAGCCAAUGAGCAUGACCGUGGGAGACUCCAACUCCAUGGCAACGACCGGGAGACCAAAGGGGAUGUAUCUGACCUCCCAUGCCACGCCCCUGCUGCCAAAGACAGCCCGGUCUCUCACACCUCCCUCCGACUCUUCCUCCCUUACUUGCUCCCUGACUUCCUCUCGCCCCCCCCGCCUGCGGAAACCACGGGAUUCACAGCCCAAGAUGAGGAAACUCAAAUACCAUCAGUACAUUCCCCCCGACCAGAGAGCCACGGCCGGGACUGCCGGGGGAGGGGCCAGUCAGAGGAGCCCCACCCCAGCCCAGCUCUUAGACCCCGCCUACUCCAGCCUCCUGCAGCAACAGCAGGUGUUCCUCCAGCUGCAGAUCCUCCAGAACCAACAACAACAGCAGAACCAGCAGCAACAGGACCAGCAGCAACAGCAGCAGCUCACCGUCACAUCCAGCAGAGACACCAACCAAAUGGUGAGGUUCUCUGGAGCCAUGCACCAGGACCCUCAGCCUGUAUCCAAGGCAACAAACCACACCUCUGUGGACACAAGUCCCUCCAACAAGUCUGAGCUCCUCCCACCUAACCUGGUCGACCUCACGGUGUCUGAGUUGCGACAGCAGCUGCGUAAGCGAGGUCUUCCUGUCUCCGGCACCAAGCCUGCCCUCCUCCAGAGGCUCCGCCCUUUCCAGCUGCCCCACCUGUGUUUGACCCCUGUGCCCCUCUGCCAGCUGGGUACCAGCCUGGAACCCCUUACCCCCACCUCCUUGCUCACCCCCAGCCACUACCCCAGCUCCUGCCCCAGCUCUGGAACUGAUUCCCCCACCAACAGCCCUAACCAUCAGGUCUACAUCCAGUCCACUGGAGUUCUGAGCGGGGUUCCAAACGGAAUUGUUAAUGGCAUUCUGAAUGGUAAUACUAAUGGUAAUACUAAUGGAAUAGGGGUCAGUGUGGUGGGGGAGCAGUGUGGCUUCCUGGCCCCUGCGUUAACCCCAUCGUUGACACCCAGCCCCGGUCUCCCCCCACGCUCCUCUUCGCCACUGUCGACUGGCACCUCCUGGCGGUCGGAACAGGAGCAGCAGGAGCUGAGCCUGGAGCUAGAGAUGAGGGAGAGGAUGAGGAGCAGGCCCAGGGAGAGGCUAUCUCCUCCUCUGUCUCUAUCCUGUGGGGGUUCCCUCCAUCCCUUCCUGCAACAGGAUCCAGGAUGGCCCAGAGGGACACCAGAGAGGGAAGGACAGACAGAGAUCCUGUUCACACAGGUGUUCUGCUGCCAGCCGUGGGACGUGAUUGGCCAGGACUUUGAGCUGCCCAUGCAGAUCACAGCCAGUCCCAUUCAAGCCCCACCCAGCGUCCGCAGUCUGGAGGAGGAGCUGCAGGAGGCCAUUAACAGAGUACUGAUGGACCCCAGUCAGUCAAUAGAGGACAUUCUGGAGGAACCUACCACCUGUGUGGACUCUCACUCCUCCUCUGUCUCAGACUUCCAAUCCCCUGUCACUAUCCUCCCUGGCCCCUCCCCUCCUCCCCAAACAGACCAAUCCCAGCCGUUCCGUUGUCAUUCAAAGGAUGACAACUUCCUGUCCUCUCCUCUCUGCUCCUCCCUCCUGCUGGAGCUCCCGCCGUCGCCUUCGAUGAUGGUUCCCCGCCAAGCCGCCCCACCCCCUCUCCCUCCCUCCAUCUGUACUUCUCCCCUGCCUCCCACUGUGACCUCACGGAAGAGGCGGGCUCAGGCAACCUUUGACCCUGCUGAUUGGUUGGAGUCGCUAGCCUCUGGACUCCGCCCUCUCAGUCCACCAUCUGCCCCAUUCGUUGAGACCGACUUUGGCCUCAAUUUGGAUCUGAACGUCAACCGAGCGUUGGAUCUCAUGGUGGAGCAGUGGUGAACGUCUUAGGUGGACUGAGUGUCAGUGUGUGUGUUUGUAUGUGUGUGUGUUAGUCGAACUUCAACAUACACCUCCCAAACAAUGGGAACAGAUUUGUGAAUGUCCAUCCAUCAAUCCAUCUGUCUAUCCAUCCAUCCCCUCUGUCCACUUUGUGAGUGAGUAGUCUGUUUGAGAGAGCUGACUGCAGGUCUGUACCCCAAGCAAUGUCGAGAGACAGAUGCUACUGCAUUGGAAGAGAUGAAAAAAGACUGAGUUGCAUUGGUGGAACAAUAACUGGCAGAGGGAAUCACACACACACACGCACGCACACGCACACGCACACGCACACGCACACGCACACGCACACGCACACACACACACACACACACGCACACGCACACGCACACACGCACACACGCACACACGCACACACACACACACACAAACCUUGGGUUGUCCUGUUAAAUAAAAAAUGGUCAAAUACAACAAAUGAACAAUGCAUAUUCGGAGUCACACACAAUCCAACACAUUGUUUACAGUGAGAAACAAAGAAACCCAGUUGAACAGGGCCCCUGGUGUUCCCCCAGCUACAGUCAUUGAGUCCUAGUCAUUCAUAAAGACCAUUAAAGCCAGACUGGGCAGACAGGGCCCACAGCUUGUCCAUGUCUCCAGACCUUUCCCCUAGUGCCAGACACACAGUCGGCAUGUGGAGAGAGAGAGCUGGCAGACACCACACAACCCUUACAGGGAAGUGUAUGUGUGUCUCUGUGUGUGUGCGUUUGUGUGUGUUUGUGCACACCUGGCUGCUUCUGUUUGUGUCGGUGUGUGUGUGUGUGUGUUAAUACACACCCCCAUUGUAUAUUUAUGUGAAUUGUUGCAAAUAUACUUGUAGCUCCUUGUUUGUGUAGACUCAGUGUGCAAUGUCUCUGAGUAUUGAUUUUGUACGGUUGAUCUGUGAGAGAGAGAGAGCGAGAGAGAGAGCGAGAGAGAGAGAAGAGAGACUGCUUCCACAUUGUGGUCUCAACACUAGUCUGUUGUAGCAAUAUAUAACACUAUGAGGGGGUCACUAAAACCUAAUGAACCACAAUGUUCAAUUCAUUGCUUGUCUUUUUUUUAUUUAAGAAAAAAAACUGGUAAACAUCCUAUUAAGCCAAGAGAUAAAUAGCAAUCACUCUGAGAGGCUUCAGCGCAUGCUACACAGCCAUAUUACCAGAGUGUAUGUUCUCAUCAGUGUAUGAGAACAGGUGGUCACUGUUUUAUGAGGACCUCCCACAGUGUUUGGAGGAAACAGCGUGGUGCUCUACACACUGUAAGGGCCACAGUCACUGUUUACACCUGUUGUUAUGGAGAUAAAAAGGUCAAAUAAAGGUUAUGCGCAGGAUAACAAUGUCAAUUAAUUUCAUGAAACAAUUUCAUGAUUUUAGCUUCGAUUUUUUUGGUGCUUUAUCCCAUACUGUAAAAACAGGUAGAAUUUGGAAAUAAAUCUGUCCCAAAGAAAGGCUGUUCUGAUUGCAGGAAGUGACACAGGUGUUCCCUGAGACCACAAUCUCUCUCUUGGCCAGUUCCAAAUGGACCCCUAGCCCCUACCGCCUAGGCACUUUAGGAGGAUAGAACUGGAUAGAUAUAAUCAAUAUGGUAAUAGCUCCACCAUUUCCCUGAUAGGCUAUGUGGAACUUUCCCCAUAUCGCUCACAGCUAUCCAGCCUACUAGAAGUUGUGCCCUGGGGCAAGGGGCUAGAGGCUAGGGGUCCGUAUGGGAUUGGCCAUAUUCAUUUUAAAUGACCACCAGGGGUGUCCCAUCAGUAAAGAGCUGAGGAGGUAAAUACUGUACUUCUCCCUAACAUGGAUCAUGAUGAAGUUGUCUGUGUUUCCGUGCUAUCAGUGAUUGACAAGGCAGUCCAAGGGCUUAUUCUCAGGGUCAGAACGUUCAGUAUUUACAGAGCAGAUAUUAUUCUCCAUUCCACAUGAUGUUCUACCAGAUCCAAUGGUUCUGAGGUCAUGACAGACUUAAUUCAGCUGUUGUGAUUCCGAUUAGUUGUAUGGCCUGUCAAUUAGUGAAGUAUGCGAGCACUGAUUAUGGCCUGGUCUGAGAGCAACCCACAGCCUCUGUUAGCAGUAUGGCGACAGCUCCACCUAGCCUUCCAAUAGGCUUAGGGGAACUUCUGCCAUAUUUCUUCUGCCUAUCUGGUUCAUGUAGAUUAGAAAACCAAAGGGGUGUAGGGGCUAGGGGUUGUUUUUGGACCAGGCCUGUGUUAUGUUCAUUGGGAGAAUACAACGCAUAGUGUGCUUUCCUAACCUCCUAGCUGACUUGACACCCUUCUUAAAAACCAUUGUGUGAACAACAAACUGUGAUCUUACUAAUGUUCCCCAGAGACAUAUUUAUUUAUAUCUAUAUAUAUGGCUCUGAUGUUCCCCACCCAGUCUCUGAAUAAUAACCACUGCGCUAUGUGCAAUAUGGUGUAUGUGAAGGGCACAGCCAUUGGGAAAUACCAGGCCCCCAUAUCUCUGUCUUGUCGUUACUCUAAACAAAAUGGUGUAAUGGGUCCUCACUCAACAAGAUGUUGCAUAAAGCUAAGUUCAUUAUACGGUUUUCACUGCAUCAGGGAUAGCAUAUACAAAUGUUUCGGCUUCACAGCCUUCUUCAGUGUGUAGGUACAAAUGUAUUUGAAUUCAAAACAGCAUUUGUAGGGUACAAUAGAUUAGCAGCAGGUGCUUCUAAGUAGGGCUACCAAUCAUUUGCCAAGCUUUCAUGUUGAAGCAUUUCACGAGCAGCUUUCAUCGUAGAACUGUACAAAACCAUGUUGAAUGGUGACAAUGGGACAGACUGACGACCAUGAUAAUCAUGGUGGUCGAAGACGUUCUCUGUCUGCUGCACUUAGGAUGACGAGAGAGAGAAACGCGGGAGAGUAACAUGCUACCUCUUGUGGAUGGAGAUGCUUUAGACCUACUGUACUCUGUCCUGGACAACCACUGUGUAUGCUGGUUUUCAUCUGAACCAGUCUCUUCCCCUACAUCUGUGCUGAUAUCACCUGACUCAUGUUAGGAGUGUAUCACUUUCAGAAUCAGUGGAAAGGUUGGUGGGUUGGUUGGGAGAACUGUCUAUGCUAGGUUAUUCCAGGGAAAGCAACAGGAGACUAGGUGAAGCUAUGCUGCAAAUGCCUGAUCCUUCCCCCUUCCUGUCUGUCUGUCUGUCUGUCUGUCUGUCUGUCUGUCUGUCUGUCUGUCUGUCUGUCUGUCUGUCGAAGGUAUUUCUUUCCCCCUUUAGGCUUUCUGUAGCCAGAAUGAGACAAAGAGGGAUGAGACUGAGAUGUCAUAAACGAGAGCUGGAAGUAUCGGAGCCAACUGUUGCCAUUGUUUCAGUCAGCUCCAUUCAUUGGGAGUUCAACUUGGCUUCCAAUGCCGAUAUACUUCCUGGAUAAUCUUCAGAUUGAUGACAUCACUGUCUAAUCUCUCUUCAUCUCAUUCUAGUACUGUAACCAGAUAGUGUAGGGAUGACCCAAUGGCAAAAAUACAAUUAGUAUUUAAUUCGAUUUAUUUAUUAUGUAACUUAUUCAGGCAUAAUGUUAUCAAUACGUGUUCAAAUUGUAUUGUAAAAAACAUUAAGAAAUUAAAAGUCUUAAUAGAUUUCC